UAACUUCUAUAUUGAAAAAAUUUCUCUGCAACUACUUUGAAGGGUGCUGGAUUUUUGUAGUCUUUUCGACGUUGUUAAGGAGUGUGUGGAUGGCUUAUAAGUUUCUAGUGGGUUGCUUUAAGUUUUAAUUAUUCAGUAUAGGUUGAGUCCUGGUGAAGAUUCAGACAGAAUGAGCUUUUUCAAUACAUGAAUUCUAACAUUUGCUUAUCUGUUUAGGGAGUUUUUAAUUUUUAUUUUUCUCUGUGCUUGGAUUAUGGCAAAGCACUUCCUGUUUUAUGUCGUUGAUUGGUUCGAAUUUGUUAUAUGUUUAACGUAUGAGACAGCAAGUCAACUAUUCUUUAAUUUAUUAAAUUGAAUUGAGGACUCUCAUUACUUCUAACCUGUCAAAGGGAAUGCUGUCCCUCUCCUGCUAAAUAAAUACUUUUGUUGUCUGUUCUACUUUUCCUAACGGGCUUUUAGGAUUCUAAGUUUUUUUAAGUUAGUUUUGAAAUUUUUAUGAAUGUUUUCACCUGCAAGUGGGAAAAUUACUCGAUUCAAUGAUUUUCAUCUCUUCUCAAUGGCUUCCUUUGAUUGCUGAAAUUUUGGAUUUUUGAUGUUUGAUGGUUGCAGGUCUAGUAGUUUGAGUUCAAUUCUCAUUUUCUGGGACUGGAACCUAAUCUUGUACAAUGCCCAUAUCACAAGAAACAUCCAAUUUUGAUGAGAUUUCUAUGAAGCAGAGUUUGAUUUUCUCUGAUUGUCUCAAGGAUUUAAAGAACCUGAGGGCACAGUUAUACUCAGCAGCAGAAUAUUUUGAACUCUCUUACACGAAUGACGACCAAAAACAGAUAGUGGUAGAAACGUUGAAAGAUUAUGCUGUUAAAGCUCUUGUGAAUACUGUGGAUCACUUAGGUUCUGUUACUUUUAAGGUUAAUGAUCUUUUGGAUGAAAAGGUGGAUGAAGUAUCUGGAACAGAGUUUAGGGUGUCAUGCAUUGAACAGAGGCUAAGAACGUGCCAAGAUUAUAUCGAUCAUGAAGGGCAUUCCCAACAAUCCCUGGUGAUAAAUACACCAAAGUAUCACAAGCGCUACAUAUUACCAGUUGGGGAGACCAUGCAUGGGGGUACCCAAACUAAAUCCAAGUACCAAGGAUGCAACCUAGAUGAUGAAGAUGAGUGGCACCAAUUUAGAAAUGCUGUCCGAGCAACUAUUAGGGAAACACCACCAUCAAUUAUCAGUAAAGAAAAUUCUCCCGUGCCUUCUCAACGACCAUCCCCAUCCCCGCAACCUAGAACGUUCUCGUUCACGUCUACCAUGCCCAAGAAGGAAUUAGAUAAGCGGUCGGUUUCACCACACCGGUUUCCACUUUUGCGUUCUGGUUCACUCUCGAGUAGGCCAAAGACACAAAGCUCAAGCCGAUCAACUACUCCCCACUCAAGUAGGCCAACCACUCCAAGUAAUUCCAAUGGCCAACGACGGUAUCCUUCAGAACCUCGGAAAUCAGCAUCGAUGCGAAUACCAGCAGAAAGGGAUAACAGCAAGGAUGUUGAACAAUAUCCUAGCAAAAGCAAGCGCCUUUUAAAGGCCCUGCUUAGCCGACGCAAGUCGAAGAAAGACGAUAUGUUGUACACUUACUUGGAUGAAUACUAGUACAAGAGUUUCAGGAAAGCAAUGAACAACGGAGGAAUCAGCUGGUGAUUGAGGGCUUCACUCAAAUUCAAUUCUUUAGAGAUACCACUUUGUACUGAAACCAUUUCUUUGUUAUUAUUAUUAUAAAUUCCAUAUAGCAGUUUUCCUUCAUCCCAUGCUGAAACCACUUUGUUAUUAUUAUUAUAAUUUUUUACAUCAAAUUAUAGUUACAUAAGCGAUAUCAUCAUGUGGGCAUGAAACAUCGCUGAUUUUUAAAGUA